CGUGAGCUUGAGAUCCCAUACAGCUUUCAUUGACAAUAUAAAUCUAUUUUCUCUCCAGCAGGAUCGAAGCUAAAAUUGUAACGUCAACAUGCGUUGUUUGAUCCUCCUUGCUAUUUUGAGUACGGCCACGGCCUUGCCACUGAAUUUUGGAACUUUCUUGGGAUGUGGCGACACAGGUACCUCGAUAUCCGCAUCAGCUGUCGCAAAAACUUCGUUUGGUCCAUGCGCUGAUUUGCAGAAGCCUGAUAUUGUCAUUGACGAUCCAUGUGUUGAAGUGAAGAAACCGUACGUGGAGGUUCAAUCUCCAUGCACCUUUAGACGACCUUGUUUCAGACGAAGCUCUUCGUGCCGAUGUGUUUCCUCGCCGUGCAUUACCAGAACAAUCACACGUACACCGUGCGUAAGAAGAACCACAUCGCCGUGCGUGAGAAGAACCAUAACACCACCGUGCGUGAGAAGAACCCUAUCGCCAUGCAGGACGAUCAUGCCACAACAGUGUAGAACUAUUACAAGAACGCCAUGUGUGAGACGCUCCUUCAGUUAUCCCUGCAUCCAAAGAAGACCAUGUGCCACGAGAAGAGUCAUUAACCCAUGCGUCACCAUCAAGCAACCGUGCGUACCAAAGAUAGUUGAAGAUCCAUGCAUCACCGUCGAGCAACCAUGCGUACCAACAAAAAUUGAAGCGCCAUGCUUACCAGUUAGAACCAUCGAUCCGUGCGUUGGUUUCAGUGCGACCGCUUGUGCAAGUGCUUCGGCCUCAACAUCAAGCACCUUUGGAACUGACUGCAUCGGAGGAGUAAGCGCUUCUGCAAGCGCUUCUACUUCAAAUGAUGUUAUAGUUUGAGGGUUCAAUGAAACGCUGUGUCAACCUCGGGAUAGAUAGAUGGUGUGGUUCUAGGAUAGAUUCUGUUGAAUCCCAGGGAGACAGCUGGAGUUAAACACUCCCUUAAUGUUGGAGAAAAGUAGUCAGAAAGGAGAGCGACUUUAUUGUUCCUUUUUUCCUUUGAAUGUUCUCUUCUCUUUGUGUGCAUGCUUGCACACCAAUUUGUCUGAUUAGUUCUCUUGCGUCUUCGUUUCUCUGCCUGUAUUAAAACCUAAAUAUUUGAAAACAAACUUUUUAAAUGUAUUUAGGUUUGUGCGUAUCUUUUUGUGUUUUGUCUCGUUGAAUAAAUAUCAAAAUUGCCUCCA